CAUCAUUGCUUAUGUGUCAUAUGAAUCACUCAUGUUUGGGGGGAACACGAUGGCUCAAUCUCUAUUGAAUUUCUCAAUCCCCAAAACUCUAAUCCAGUCUCACUCCCUCCAUAGCUUCAAGACACCGAAACUAAACCCUCGACGAUGCUUCUUCUUACGUUGCGCAGCUUCUUCUCCCGACGGAAGCAAAACCUUAAGAACUUGCAAAAACUGCAAAACCCAAUUCGAUCCUCUCCUCAAUCACCCACGCGCUUGUAGAUUCCACACUGCUCAUUUCGCUGGGGAGACGAAGAGGAAGUUUGAGAGUGUAUACACUGGUGGAACAAUGGAUACACCAAAUUCUGGGAAAGUGUUACAGUAUUGGCAUUGUUGUGGAUCUGAAGAUCCUUUUGAUUCUGGUUGUACUGCAUCUCCUCAUGCAACAUAUGAUGAUUGAUACAAGUUUCUUUAUUAAUGAAAUUGACAUGAAGAAGAAGAAGGAGAAAGGAAAAGGAUAUGGUGGAAAGUUACCUUUUUUUAUGUAUUCGUUUCUUGCACAGAAUCAGAAUCUUUUUGUAUCCUUGGAUUUAAGGUCUCCUCCGUAAUCACAUUAUCUCCAUGUACAAAACAACCUUUUUCGGGAUAUGAUUCUAAUUCUUGUUUUGUUUCGUCCUCCCAACUUGUAACUUUGCUUCUCAAGUUUUCUGUUUAGUUUGCUUGAUUGUUAUGUCUCUUCUUUUUUCCUUAAUGUUUUUUGUUCAUCUCUGA